AUGCUGUCCAAGUCAACACUGAACCAGUGGUCUCAUGCCCAGAAACUAACAUUGACAAAAGGUCAUCUCGUAAUUGUAUGCUUGAUACCUGCAACACAGUGGCACAAAUGUAGAAACAAAGAGCAAAACCUUGCAUGUCAAUUUAAAUGUGAAGAACCCAUUAAACUGAAAAACCUCAACUACAACAGAGAGCAUAUCCUUUGCAUUCUAAUCCCUGACUCACAUGAGAAUUUGAAGAAGGUGUUUGAUGAAAUGCCCCAGAGAGAUGUGGUUUCUUGGAAUGUUCUGAUUUCUGGGUAUGUCAGGUGUAGCCAAUUCGAGGAUGCUAUUAAUGUUUUCCGGCGUAUGCAACAGGAAAGUGGUGCGAAGCCCAAUGAAGCUACUGUUGUAAGUACUCUUUCGGCUUGUACAGCAUUAAAAAAUUUGGAACUUGGUAAAGAAAUUCACUAUUAUGUUGUUAAUGAACUUGGAUUCACCAUUAUAAUUAGCAAUGCCUUGUUGGAUAUGUACUCCAAGUGUGGUUGUUUGAGUACUGCCCGACAAAUUUUUGAUGCAAUGCCUAUAAAAAAUGUGAUCUGUUGGACUAGUAUGGUAUCUGGGUAUGUGAACAUUGGCCAAUUGGAUGAAGCUAGAGAUUUGUUUGAGAGAAGUCCAGUAAGGGAUAUUGUUCUUUGGACGGCUAUGAUUAACGGGUAUGUGCAGUUUAACCGCGUUGAUGAGGCAAUUACCUUGUUUCGGGAGAUGCAAAUCGAAUGGAUUAAGCCAGAUAAGUUCACGGUGGUUGCUCUCCUCACGGGUUGUGCUCAGUUGGGAGCUUUGGAACAUGGGAAAUGGAUCCAUGGAUACAUUGACGAAAACAGAAUAACAGUUGAUGCAGUUGUUGGUACAGCUCUUAUUGAUAUGUAUGCCAAAUGUGGGUGCAUAGAUAAAUCCCUAGAGAUUUUUCAUGGGUUGAGAGAGAAAGAUACGGCGUCAUGGACUUCAAUCAUUUGUGGGCUUGCCAUGAAUGGGCACAGCAGCAAAGCUCUGGAUUUGUUCACAGAAAUGAAACAAGCAGGGUUUAGACCUGAUGAUAUCACCUUCAUCGGUGUUUUCAGUGCUUGUAGUCAUGGAGGACUAGUAGAGGAAGGCCGCACAUACUUUAAUUCGAUGAGAAAAACAUAUCAGAUCGAACCAAAGUUAGAACACUAUGGGUGUCUGAUUGACCUCCUUGGUCGUGCUGGUCAACUUGAUGAAGCAGAGGAAUUGAUUGAAAAUAUACCAAAAGAAAGUGAUGAAAUUGUAGUCCCACUUUAUAGUGCUUUGCUCAGUGCUUGCAGAAUCUAUGGCAAUGUUGAUAUGGGUGAACGUGUGGCUAGACGACUUGUAGAAAUUGAAUAUAGUGAUUCUGGCACUCAUACUCUUUUGGCCAAUAUCUAUGCAUCCACUGACAGGUGGGAAGAUGUAACGAAAGUGAGAAGGAAAAUGAAAGCUCUCGGAAUCAAGAAAGCGCCUGGGUGUAGUUCAAUUGAAGUUAAUGGUAAUGUUCACGAGUUCUUAGUCGGAGAUGCAUCUCACCCAAAGAUGAAAGAAGUUUAUUCCAUGUUGGAUAGCAUCACUAAACCAUUGUCAGGCUUAGAAGAAAUUGAAAUGGAACAAGCUAACCCAGUUGCAGAAAUUUCAUGACUGAAGCCAUAUUUUCGCAAAUCCAAAGAGUGCUUUUUUAUAUAAUGCCAUGGUGUUAGCAGCACUGUUUAUUUUUAACAAGACAUAAAACGAUUUGAGAAUUGACAUUGAGGCGAGUGUUAUGAAGAUGUUGAUCUGAAAGGUGCAGGACAGAUGCUCAAGAAAGUUCCAGCUAUUUGGUGAGCAAGACAAUGAAUUACAGUGCAUUCCAAAGGAUUCACCGACAAACGUACCAGAAGGCAUGCCAAUUUGACUUGCUAACUUAACAAGGUUAAACCUGGUAAGCUGAUGUAAUAUACAAUUCACUGUGAUAAUUUCACACAAUUCAUUGAAGUGCUUUGUAGAAAUUACAAAAAGAAAAUGUCAUGGGUUUAAUGCUGAAACCUGAAGGACAUGUUUAUGAACUCCGCAUCCAAUAUGCCUUACUAGUCAUGGAUUUUUUGCCUCAAACAGGAUGAAUUUCAAGAUUUGUCUCUUGUAAA